CUGCAGAACAAAUAUCAAAGAAAUUAAAAAAAUAUAAAGCUAGUACAAAAGAAUAUAAUAUAUCAUUUAGUUCUUCCAAAAGUGAAUCUUUCAAUAUUAAUAGUAAUUUAAGAAAUAAAGAUGAUAAAAAGAUAUAA